GAUCAGUCCAGGGAGAGGUGGUGACGCAGGGAGAGUGAGCCCUGGUGUUAAACAAGAGCCUUGUCCGCUCCGGGCUGGAAGUGCUUCGGAGAGAGACACCGGCACCGCUGGACCUGCCUCCCCAGCCAUUCUCGUCAGGAUCCCUCUCCCGGACGUGUCUCCCCGGACGCUUCCAUCCGAAUCUGUCCCCUGGAUGCUUCUCCCUGGCUGGUUCCUUUAGGCGCCGUCUCUCACAUGUGAGAUCCGUCUCCCCGGUGGUUCCAUCGGGAUCCGCCUCUCAGACACGUCUCUCUGGUUCCACCAGGAUCCCUCUCCCAGACACGUCUUCCUGGCUGGUUCCUUUAGGAUCCGUCUCUCAGGCGCGUCCCUGGCUGGUCCCAGCGGGAUCCGUCUCCCAGAGCCAGAUCCUUCAGAGGGAACUAUCUGGAUCUCAUAUUCACACACCUCCCAUAGGGAUCUGUUUUCUGGACUCGUGGCCCCAGCUGAUCCCACAAAGAACUGUCUCCUGGCCUUGUCUCUCUGCUACGACCUUCCUUGCCUUGGUGUCUCCAGCCGAUCCCCACCCAGAAUUAUUUCCUGGGCUCCUCCCUCUGCUCCGACGCCCUCGCGUCCCCACUAAGAUCCCUGCUUCGCUCCCGUUGGCGUCCUCCUCCUCCUCCAGCAAUGGCUUCUGCAGGGCUGGAGCUCUUGGGCAUGGGGCUAUGCAUCUUUGGCUGGCUGGGCUCCAUCAUCUCCUGCGCCCUGCCCAUGUGGAAGGUGACGGCCUUCAUUGGCAACAACAUCGUGGUGGCGCAGAUCAUCUGGGAGGGGCUGUGGAUGAACUGCAUCGUGCAGAGCACGGGCCAGAUGCAGUGUAAGGUCUAUGACUCUAUGCUGGCGCUGCCCCAGGACCUGCAGGCCGCCCGCGCCCUCAUGGUCAUCUCGGUGCUGCUGGCCGUGCUGGCCUUGCUGGUGAGCGUGGUGGGUGCCAAGUGCACCAACUGCGUGGAGGACGAAGGCGCCAAGGCGCGGAUCAUGAUCGUCUCCGGCGCCGUCUUCGUGGUCGCCGGCAUCCUCUGCCUCAUCCCCGUGUGCUGGUCGGCCAACACCAUCAUCCGGGACUUCUACAACCCGCUGGUGUCCGAAGCCCUGAAGCGGGAGCUGGGGGCGGCGCUAUAUGUGGGGUGGGCAGCCGCCGCCCUGCUGGUUCUGGGGGGGGCUCUGCUUUGCUGCUCCUGCCCCCCCCGCUCCGAGAGGUACCCACCCCGGGUCGGGUACAUGGCGGCUGCCAGGUCUGGGGUGGGCAGCGGGGUGGACAAGAGAGACUAUGUCUGAGGGGAGAGGAGACGGGGAUGGAGGGAUGAGCAUGUGGGUGAACAGAUGAAUGAGUGAAGAGUGAGGGAAUGAACGAGGGAGUGAAUGGACGAAGGUGUGAAGAGGUGAAUGACGGAGUGAAUGGACGAAGGUGUGAAGAGGUGAAUGAGGGAGAGAAUGGACGAAGGUGUGAAGAGGUGAAUGAGGGAGUGAAUGGACAAAGGUGUGAAGAGGUGAAUGAGGGAGUGAAUGGAUGAAGGUGUGAAGAGGUGAAUGAGGGAGUGAAUGGAUGAAUGAGGGAAUCAGCUAAUGGCUGAGGGAAUGACUAAACUAGUGAAGGAGCGAGAAUGCGUGAAUGUGGAAGGAGACGAAUGAAUGAGGGAAUGAAGAAGUGGCUGGAUGAACAAAGGGACUAAUAGAUCACGAGUAGAGGAAAAACGUGAACAAAAGCAUGGCUGUGGGAACGAAAGAACGAGUGGGUGAAGGAACGAAGAAGGGUGCAAACAAAUGAACAAGCAGGCAAAUGAGUGAAGGGAGGCGCAACGAAGAGAGUGAAUGGACGCGGGAACAAGCGAGUGAAUGAGACAACAGACAAAUGAAAAAGUGAGGGAAGGAAGGAACGAAAUGAACUAAAUAAAAGAGGGGGAGGGGGCAGAGCAAACACGUGGGGGGCACCGAGGAAAGGAGCGAAAGGCGGUGGCAGCAGCAAAGGGAUGAACAAAGGGGAGCCGGAGACACCCUGCCAGGGAAGGGAGACGCGGCCGAUCCCCAGCCAACGAACAGCUCGGGGGGCUGCGGGGCAGAGCCGGAGACACCCUGCCAGGGAAGGACGGGAGACGCGGCCGAUCCCCAGCCAAUGAACAGCUCGGGGGGCUGCGGGGCAGAGCCGGAGACACCCUGCCAGGGAAGGACGGGAGACGCGGCCGAUCCCCAGCCAAUGAACAGCUCGGGGGGCUGCGGGGCAGAGCCGGAGACACCCUGCCAGGGAAGGACGGGAGACGCGGCCGAUCCCCAGCCAAUGAACAGCUCGGGGGGCUGCGGGGGGGAGCUGGAGACACCCUGCCAGGGAAGGGAGACGCGGCCGAUCCGCAGCCAAUGAACAGCUCGGGGGGCUGCGGGGGGGAGCUGGAGACACCCUGCCAGGGAAGGGAGACGCGGCCGAUCCGCAGCCAAUGAACAGCUCGGGGGGCUUAGCCAGGGAGCCCUGACCCCAUGGAGUCCGGCUGGACCUCACCCCGGCUUUGUUUGCCCGACGGUUAAUAAUUGUCCGUCCCAGCGCCCUGGACUGAGACCUGCUGAGCUACCCCCUGAACGUGGGGACAGCCCGAAACCCCCAGCCUAAGGGGCCCCUCUAGCCAAUCCAGGGGCUCAAGAUUUUGGGGGUCCCCCCCCCAUGGGGAUAGAU